CCGGCGGUUCAAACACAUCAACACAAAACUUCCUCAUUAGUCAGUCCUUCGUCGUUUCUAGCGAAGUUUUUCUUCGUUUGAGGCCACCAUUAAAGAUAUUCAACCGCGUUUACCGUCAUUGUCACCCGUCAGAGGUUACCGGCGUCAAGAUGGAUGUUUCUCAGCAUAACGGCGAAGUUUCGGAGAUUUCUAAGAAACUGGAGAAGUCUCUAACCAUGGAUACAGAUGACAAGAUGGAAGCUUACCAAAGGUUCAUUCAGGACGGUAAAAAUGUUGCCAGACAAGGGGACAUGUACAAAGCGCUUGGGCUCUUCAAGAAGGCGUACAAAAUUCACCAGAGCGAAAAACUUGAAAACAGGAUAAAGAAAAUUGAAGAGCUUAUUUCCCAAAAUGAUUCUGAGGAGGAAGAUGAAGAGUUUGUUGAUGUUAACAACAGCGGGUUGAUGCUGUUCAAAGAUUUACACAACAAGCUUUACGACUACCAGAGAAACGGCGUGGCCUUCCUAUACAGUCUAUACAGAGACGGACGGAAAGGAGGGAUCCUGGCUGAUGACAUGGGCCUUGGAAAAACUAUUCAGGUGAUAUCGUUCCUCUCUGGUAUGUACGACAAUGAACUUGCCAAACACACGCUGUUAAUCAUGCCCACUUCACUCAUAACCAAUUGGACCAAGGAGUUUGCCAAAUGGACUCCUGGGAUGAGGGUGAAGGAGUUUCAUGGAACCAGUAAAGCAGAGAGGACCAGGAACUUGGAGAAAGUUCAGAGGAGAGGUGGUGUCAUCAUCACCACAUACACAAUGCUCUUAAACAACUGGCAGCAACUUUCCUCCUACAAUGGAAGAGAGUUCACAUGGGACUACAUGAUCCUGGACGAGGCACACAAGAUAAAAUCAUCAAGCACCAAAACAGCCAAAAGCGCAUCUGCCAUCCCCUCAAAAAACAGAGUUCUCCUCACUGGAACACCAGUCCAGAACAACCUGAAAGAAAUGUGGGCGCUCUUUGACUUUGCUUGUCAAGGAACUCUCCUUGGCACAGCCAAGACAUUCAAGUCAGAAUAUGAGAACCCGAUCACUCGUGCCCGAGAGAAAGACGCCACUCCAGGGGAAAAAGUCCUGGGGUCUCGCAUGUCUGAGGCUUUGAUGGCCAUAAUAAAACCCUACUUCCUCCGCAGAACAAAAGCAGAAGUGCAGAAAAACAAAACGCAUCCAAACAAAGAGGAAAUUUCUGAUGACAAGGACAGUCAAGACCUUCACUCAUCAAAUGAUUCUGGAGCAGUUAUGCCCUCGCUGACAAGAAAGAAUGACCUGAUUGUCUGGACGUAUCUGAGUUCUGCUCAGGAGGACAUAUACAGGCAGUUUAUUUCGCUGGACCACAUUAAGGAGCUCCUCAUGACCACCAGAUCUCCUCUAGCUGAGCUAACCAUUCUGAAAAAGCUCUGUGACCACCCAAGACUGCUCUCUGCUGCAGCCAUAUCUAAGUUAGGCUUGGAGGAAAACACGCCUGAAAGCCAGCAGAUUGACGACACAGACACUAACAGCAUUGCAAACAUUCCUGAUGAUACUUUAAUAUCCGAGUCUGGAAAACUUGUCUUUCUAUUUGCACUCCUUGAACAGCUCAGAAAAGAGGGCCACCGCACACUCGUCUUUGCUCAUUACAGGAAAGUUCUUGACAUCAUCGAGCGUGUCCUGGGAAAUAGAGGAUUCAAAGUUUUGAGGCUGGAUGGAACAAUAACGCAAAUUGCAGAAAGACAAAGACUCAUCACGCUGUUCCAGACCGACAAACGUUACUCCGUCUUCCUCCUCACCACCCAGGUUGGUGGAGUCGGUAUCACUUUGACAGCAGCAAACAGAGUUGUGAUAUACGAUCCCAGCUGGAACCCUGCAACAGAUGCACAGGCUGUUGACAGGGCAUACCGCAUUGGCCAGACUGAGAACGUUGUCAUCUACAGGCUGAUCACAUGUGGAACAGUGGAGGAAAAGAUCUACAGGAGGCAGGUUUUCAAAGACUCUCUUAUCAGGCAAAAUACCGGAGACAAAAAGAACCCUUUCCGGUACUUUAGCAAGCAGGAGCUGAAGGAGCUCUUCACUCUGGAGAACACCCACUCCUCUACCACACAGCUCCAGCUUCAGACCAUGCACGCCAGACACCGACGCACCGACCCCGAACUGGACGAGCACAUUGCCCACCUCCACUCAAUGGAGAUGUUUGGUAUCUCUGAUCACGACCUCAUGUUCUCCCUAGAUAUUAAUAAUGAUGAAGCACCAGAAGGCGAAGAGGCACACUACAUCGAAGGGAGGGUGCAGAAAGCUCAGGAGCUGAUGAAGGCCGAGUCAGAGCUUCAGAUGCAGCUGGCAGAAAACAUGGCAUCGAGCACAGAGCCAGUCUGGCUCAGACAACCAGUGGACAGCAACAGAGAGCGGUCUCAGGAGAAAAAAACGAGACAUCCAAGACCAAGUCCUCCCUUUCCACAGAAUCACAGAAACUGUAACAGCUCACCGGUUGUUGUGGAGCUGGAUCAGUCAAGCUCUGGCAAGGAGGACACCCCAAAGAGUCCACUUGACCGAGUUAUUGAUCUGACUGCAGAUGAGAGUAUGUCAGAACAACCUGCUGAAGAAUUUGGCAAAGAUGAUGUUCCCCACCGCGACUUGGAUUCUUCAAACCACCAGCCUGUCAAACAGGAGAGGAGUCAUGUGGACAUGGCAGAUGAUGUUCCUCUGAUGGUCACUGAGGAGUCUUUGGUCAUGUCAGAGCCCACUGAAGCUCAAACAUCACCUGUCGAGGAGCAAAUGGAUCAGUCAAUGAUAACUGAGGCUGCUGGUGAUGCAAGUCUGCAUUACGUUACAGCAGUUGAUGAAGACGAACAACUAAACAAAACCUCAAACUCCAGAGACAACUCCGAGAUGGACUUGGGGCUUUCACGAGUCACACCCCUUCAGAACAAAAGACUUUCCAUCUUGCAAGCAUCCAAAACAAGUUUCAAAGCAGACACAUCAUCCAGAGUCAGUGCAGGGCUGGAAUCCUUCGAAGGCAACUUCAACUUACAGCUUGAGGACAGUGAUGUGAUCUCAGAUCAGGAAGUCCUUGAUCCUCCAGAGACUGAAGAAGAGGAGAAGAAGCUCCUGUCACAGCUGAGGAUGGAGGGCAGUUUUGAUGUGGAUAAAUCUCUGUCUGAAAAGCAAAAUAAAGAAACACUGGUGCAAAGCCUCAGCAACACCAGAGCCUCAGUCGUAGAUGAGUCAAUGAAUGAUUCCGUUGUCUUUACCAAGAAGAAAAGAGCAGCAAUGAUUUAUGACAGCGAUGAUGAAGAAGAAGGCGGUGACAAUGGGCAGGAAGAAAAGUGUCACUUUGAAUCUUCUUUCCAUGUUCUGGAAGCCUCCACACCUAAAUCAGUGCCAAACAGUUUCACCCCACUCCGGUCAAGAAAGAGCGUUGGAGGCAACACAUCUGUGGCCUCACGCAAGUCCCUCCUCCAGUCCCUAAUCGAGGACAUGGAUGACCCAAACGCAGACAUGGAGGAAGACAACGUUUCAGUGAGUGGUUCUGACGAAGCAGACGAGGAGGAAAUUGUCGGUUCGACUCAUGAUCAGCUUCAGCUCGAGGAGACAGUUGGGGAGACAAACACGGAAGAAGAAGAGGAGGAGGAGGAUGUAGAAGAGGACAUCAUUGGCUUGACUCAUGAUGAGCUUCAGCUGGAGGAGACAGUUGGAGAGACGUUAAAUACAGAGGGAGAGGAAGAGGAGGAGUUGAUGGAAGAGGAAGAGAUGCAAGAAGAAGAAGAGGAGGAGAACUCUGAGUCGACAGAGGAAAUGAGCAGUAGUCUGGAGGAAUCAACAGAUGAUCCAGAGCUGGCAUCAUCAGAGAGAAUUGAUCAGUGCACUCUGGAUUCAGGAGGCAAGACAGGCGAGGCUAAAGACAUCAUUGUGUGUGAGAACGAGAGCUACGAGUCCCUGGUAAGCAGAGGGAAGGAGAACUACAACAAAGGGAAGCUGGACGACGCUCUGGGCUUCUUCCUGAGAGCAAUUGACAUCAAGCCUGGAGAUCCUGAAAUUCAGCUCAUGACCAUCCAGCUGUACCGCCAGCUGAGUCAGAGGAGUUAACAUCUAUCCGGAACAAUCCUGAGCCUGAUUCAAACCUCUGCCGUGAACUGAAAUUACACCCAGUAGUUAAAAAUAUUGAUACUAUGGACUGUAAGGGUCAAACUGUGUGUUAAAUACACAUGAGCACAAGAUAACCAACCAUUUAGAUUUCCAUUAAAGUAUACCAUUAUACUUCCUUUUUGUCGCCCUUUGUUCCAAAUCUCCUGGUGACGAUCCGUUAAACCAGUGGUUCUCAACUGGGUGACCCUCAGCAUCCACCUUCACCUCAACCCAAACUUCUGGUGUUUCUGAAACAAUCAGAUUUAUUAAAUGUAAAGUAGUACCAUUUGCACCUCAGACAGUACAAAAUGUGACAAAUACAGGAGUCGGGACAAAACAAGCACGUUUUAUAAGACUGCUACCACUUUUUGGUCCGGAUCCACCAUCUGAGAACCACUAGUUUAAAUUGUUUUAACUUUGACUCUGAUUCUUAUCAGAUGCUAAGCACAGCUGUAUCAAGACACAGGCAUAUGUAAAGCAUCAUAUCAAGGGUAAAUUACUCUUUUAAAGUCACUGGCAAAUGUUUGAAUGUCCAAAAUGUACACCUUAAUUUGUUAGCUUGAUGCUAGCAUAAAAUGCAAAAUGUCUUUUAAAGGCUGACGCUUCUAGCUUUGCAAAGUGAUAAGUCUGCCUUGACAAGAAGUGGCAGAAACAAUUCAACUGAUUUCUUACUACAAUGUAAUUUUAGAUGAAUCUUUCUUACCACUCUGCUAGUAUGGCUAAAAAGUCUGAAUAAUCAUAUGUAUUUAAAAGUUUUCAUCCAGCAGUGUUUCUCUGCGGCACAUUGGAAGAGGGUUGUUAAAACGAGCAGACCUUAUUUGGAGGUUAAGGCUCUUUUAAUCUGACGGACAAGACACAAAAAAAAACUCAUGUCAAGAGUUAUACCUUUACUCUCACACAUUAAACUCUAUGUAAUUCAUUUACUGAUUCAUUUAACUUUUUUCCAUUGGCAGUUUAAUAUCUAAACCAGCUGCUUGUUAUUUGAAUUUGAAAAGUUUAAGUACCCACUAUAUGGCUUCAUGGGUUUAUAGAGGUCUCAUAACCUGAUUCUUUGCACAAAAUCCAAUACAGAGACAUAAAUAAUGGAGAUAGUUCUAAAAUCUUGGUAGUGUGUUUCAAUUUGUGUAACAUUGCUGCUAAAAUCCUGUUUAAUAUUUCUGUGUUGUGUGUUUAAAUGUGACCAGAAUAUGGUAGUUCUUGAAGAGUUGUUUGAUA